AUGAGAAGAAGGAGCUUGGCCAAAGAUGGUGCAAGGGUCAAGUUGAAUGAGCUUUACUACUUGCACAAGCCUGAUGUAAUUUGUAUUGCGGAGCCUCAGAAGGGUGGUAGGCCGCUCAAAGAAAUUUAUAUAAAUGAGUUUCGAAGUUGGAUUUCUGAUAAUGGUUUGGUUGAGGCCGAUGCUAUUGGGAAGAAGUAUACUUGGUCUAAUUGUCGGAGUGGUAUGCAUAGAAUUGUUUCUAAACACGAUAGGGCUGUUAUUAAUGGUGCGUGGCAUGAUAAGUUUGCUAACUGGAGGUGCAAAGCUUUGCCGAGACUUUGCUCGGACCAUUCUCCUCUUGUUGGUUUUGCUUUUGACAGUCCUAGGCCGAAGAGAGCUCCUUUUAGAAUCCAGAAGAUGUGGCUUUCUCAUCCAUCUUUUUUGGAAUUCGUCAAAGACAAUUGGAGUGUUAGGUUGGAUGGUGCUCCUCCUUUUGUUUUUACAUCAAAGUUGAAGCGGUUGAGGGAGGCUUUGAAGAUUUGGAAUAGAUUGGUGGCUGACGCUAGGAAGGCUGUUGAUUGUGUGCGGUCUGACUUGGCCACUAUGCUUAAGCAAAAAUCGAGAACUAGCUGGUUGGAGGAUGGUGAUCAGAACACUCGUUUUUUUCACAACUCAAUAAGAAUGAGGAGGAGCCAAAACACAAUUUCGACUGAAGAUUUCUACUAA